AACGCGCUCAUAAAACGAAGGUAAAAACGGCAGCUAUGUGAUUGUUCCGGAAAAAAUAGUGCUCUUUUUUGGUGAAUUGAACGCCGCUUGUAACGCCGCAUCCGUCAGGCCAGUGUGGCCAGUGGGUUUGCUAAACGUUUUUUCCAUCGGCAGUGGCAAUUAGCGGGUACUGGACUAGCAGCACAGCGGAACCUUUGCUUGGCUGGGGGUCAGUGAGAACUAUCCAAUACAACUCGAGCACAGGAAAAGCCGAAACUGGAAUACAGCUAGAAGAUGUCGCUGUCCUACUCGCAACAGGUUGGUAGACCACCACAGCAGCCGCCAAACCCCGGCGGAGGUCGGGGUGGCAUGCCAAGCCCGAUGAACCGCGGCCAAGGUCCACCACCGAGCCCGAUGCACAUCCAGAAGAUACUCGAUGAAAACGUGGGCCUGAUACAGACGAUACAAGACUACCAGCUGCUGGGCAAGAUGAACGAAAGCAUCAGCUUCCAGGUUGCUCUCCACCGGAACUUGGUCUACCUGGCAACCCUUGCCGAUCCUCAGCAAAACAUCGCGGCUCUACUACCGCCACCACAUGUAAUGCAGCAUUCGAUGCAUGGACCUCAGCAGCAACAGCAACCCCCGCCUCCGGCAACACCGCACGACAACAACAUGAUGGGCCAGGCGCCAGGACAGCCGGGAAUGCCAGGCUAUCCGUCACCGGGUGCACCCCCUGGCGGGCAACCACAGCAACAGCAGCAAAUGCAACAGCAACAGCAGAUGCAGCACCAGCAACAGCAACAGCAGUCUCUCGCCAGUAACGGUGUUGUUUCGACGGUACCGUCAGGGAUGCCCGGACAGCAUGUUGGGCUCGGGCCGAAUCAGAACGCCGGCAUGCCAUCGCAGGUGGGCCAGCAGGGAGGCCCAGUGCAACAGUCGCACGCAGGCAUCGGUCCGGGUGUCGGACAAAGCCCCGGUGGUGGCCAGAUGGGUAAUGCGGGCGUAAAUCAGCAGGGUGUUGUUGGUGGCUACCGAACCGGCGGCGGACCCAUGCCACCCUCCUCGAACGCGCCCACUCAGCAGCAGCAGCAGCAGCAGCAGGUACACGGUAAUCAGCAGAAUGCCGGCCCCGGCGGUGCGAUUCGCGCAGCAAUGCCACCCGGAGCUCAACAGCAGCAACACCAGCAGCAGCAACAGCAGCAGCAACAACAACAACAGCAGCAGCAACAGCAGCAACAGCAACAACAACAACAACAACAGCAGCAGCCAGCGAGUCAACCAUUGCCACCGCAAACAUCCGGCUAUCCGCAACGUGCGUCAUACAACGUGCAGCACUCGCACUACCCGGGCUACCCUCCGCCCAACCAGUACGGGGCCCAGACCGGCUACACGCCAUACGGCGGUCCACCGAGCCAAGUGCAGGGCUACGGGCCGCCCAAUGCCGGCUCACCGCAAGGCUACGGGCACCACGGAGGCGUUCCGCCGGCCAGCGCAGGCUCGGCACCGGUGCAAGGGUCGCCGUACCCGGGAGCGGCCGGCCAGCAGCACCCAGGCCAGAUGCAAGGAGGAGGUGCACAGCAGGUGGUCGGCUACCAGCAGGCGAUGCCACCCGGUACACCAAACGCACAGCCACACGUUGGCUACGGUCCGCCGGGACAACCGCCGCAGGUGCAGUAUCCGCCGCAGGGCGGCCCCGGUGCACCCCCACCGCCGCACGGAUACCCGGGAUACCCGACGAGUGCGGCUGCAGCUGGUUCCGUCGCCGGCGGUGGUCCCAACGGUCCCUACGGUCAGCCGGGUGGUCCAGCACCGCAGAACCAGGUCGGCGGUUAUCCGGUCGCGAACAACCAAUCCACCGGUUACGGCAUGUCGCAGCAGCCCCACUACCCGACCGGGUACCCCGGCGCAGGACAGGCCGGUCCACACGGUGGCGGUCCACCGAAUACGGCCAACGUCAUUCCGACCAGCGUCGGUGCCGGUGCCAGCCAAUCGGGUGCAGCCGGAGCAGGUGGACAACAGGGCGCGGCCUACCCGGGUCACCAGCAGCCAGGCGUACCAAACGCCACCGGCGCUGGUCCCGCCUCCGCCAGUAUGCCACCUACAACCACGUCCGCCUACCCGACGGUGGCACCGGUGGGCGGUAUUUCCGCCGGCGCCGGUUCCGUACCGCCGGGUGGCGCCGGAUCAUACAACUCCUCACCGACGGCGCAACAGCAGCAGCAGCACGGCCAACCGCCCGGCGCCGGCUACCAACAGCAGCAGCAAGCCGGGGCCAACGCUGCCGGUAACGUCGUUCCUCAGCAACAGCAGCAGCAGCAGCAGCAACCGGGUGGGCCGGGCGGACCGGGCGUUUACCCGCCGCAUCCGCCGUACCAUCAGCAGUCGGCCUACGCGCCACUCCCGGUUCCGCAGGGCCAGUACCCGCCCGCCCAGACCGGCUACCCGCAGUAUCCACAACGACCUCCCAGCACGCAGAUGCCGCCACCCGGACCGCAGGGCCCUCCCCCGCAAAGCAGCUACGGCUACGUGUACGGCCAGCCACCCCAGUAAAGCCCCCCCCCCCCCCCCCCCUCCCUCUCGAUGCCGUUCUCGGCCAACUUUUCUUUCCCCACUGCCCUUUUAACUUAUCCCAUUCGCUUUCGUCUAAUCUGCCCCAGCCAGACCAAUUAUGUGUACAGUCACUACAAAUUUCAUAACUCAACAAAAUGAUAACGAAAAUGAAUAUAUAACGAACGCGUAAAUAGAGCAUAUGACACAAAACAACUAAUCUAACACUUGAUAAUUGAAUAAAUUCUUUAUUACUUCAU